GUCACUGCUUUGAUUGGGUGAGAGGACGCUUAUGUAGAAGUAGGGCAAAGGUAGUACACGGGUAGUGCAGAGAGUCCUUUGGUGCAAUAACAAUGCUGCUGAACAAGGUCCUCAGAGCUGGUGUGCGGUGUGGGAUCCGUCUGCAGAGCUCUUCUACAGCUACAGCCAGUGCCACAGCAUCUUCCAGCAGCCCUGCUCCAUCCCUUGGCUUCUCAUUUCAGUUGACCGAUCAGCAGAAGGAGUUCCAGCAGUUGGCGAGGAGGUUUGCACGAGAAGAGAUCAUACCUGUUGCUCCUGCUUAUGACAAGAGUGGUGAAUAUCCUUUCCCCAUCAUCAAGAAGGCGUGGGAGCUUGGUCUGGUUAACGGUCACAUUCCACAGGAAUAUGGUGGAAUGGGUUUGUCGAGCUUUGACAGCUGCCUCAUCACAGAGGAACUGGCUUAUGGAUGCACAGGGAUGCAAACUGCCAUGGAGGCAAACUCUCUCGGACAAAUGCCUGUCAUUAUUGCUGGCAGUGAUGCACAGAAGAAGAAAUACCUGGGACGGCUGACUGAGGAGCCUCUCAUGUGUGCGUACUGUGUCACUGAGCCCGGGGCAGGAUCUGACGUGGCUGGCAUCAAAACACGAGCCGUAAAAAUGGGCGAUGAGUAUGUUGUUAAUGGGCAGAAGAUGUGGAUCACCAACGGAGGGAAAGCUAACUGGUACUUCCUGCUUGCUCGCACUAACUCAGAUCCCAAGUGUUCAGCCAGCAAGGCUUUUACUGGCUUCAUUGUGGAUGCAGACACUCCGGGAAUUCAAAUAGGAAGGAAGGAAAUGAACAUGGGCCAGAGGUGUUCUGACACGAGGGGCAUUACCUUUGAGGAUGUGAGAAUACCGAAGGAGAAUGUCCUGAUCGGAGAGGGAUCUGGAUUCAAAAUUGCCAUGGGUGCCUUUGACAUGACCAGGCCACCAGUGGCAGCAGGAGCUACCGGCCUGGCACAGAGGGCGCUCGACGAAGCCACCAGUUACGCUCUGGAGAGGAAGACCUUUGGCAAAGUUAUUGCUGAGCACCAAGCUGUGUCCUUCCUCCUGGCUGAGAUGGCGAUGAAAGUAGAGCUGGCUAGGAUGGCGUACCAGCGUGCUGCCUGGGAGGUGGACCAGGGCCGCAGAAACACCUACUACGCUUCCAUCGCCAAGGCCUUCGCAGGGGACAUCGCCAAUCAGGUGGCCUCUGAUGCUGUUCAGAUAUUUGGAGGCAACGGCUUCAAUAGCGAGUACCCUGUAGAGAAGCUCAUGAGGGAUGCAAAGAUCUACCAGAUCUACGAGGGCACAGCUCAGAUCCAAAGGCUCAUUAUUGCCCGAGAACACCUGGGAAGAGCCAAGAAAUGAAGUCUGCUCAUCAUCAUUUAAACUUACUUUUCAUGUUUGGUAUACAUAAUGUAUUUGUUUCUGUUCUAUUUGGCCACUUGAACUCAGGAUAACGAUCAAAGUUUUGCAUUAAUGUCACUUCAUCCUACUGCGGUUUUCAAGAGUGAUCCAGAUCACCAAGACUCAUCAGCCUCCUUUUGCCUCAGAAUUCACGAUGCCAUAAGUUACACCAAUCCAUCAAGUCGCAGAAUAUGACACAGCUAUGUGCUGAUCACAGAACAGUUUCUGUUAAUGAUGAUGGUGGGGGCCUAUUGUGUAGCAUUAAUAGUGUGAUCUACCAAUUGCCUGUUGUGCUGUGAAGCUUCUGCUGAUGAACCAGAACUGUUGGGACUAAAGUUGGUGCAAGCCUAGUCCUUUUUUCUAACCUUCAGCCUUACUCUGUUGCUGCAGUACUUGAACAGUGUGAUUGGUGUUUGAUCACAUUCACUCUUCUUUGCAUCAGGAGUUUGAUAAAUGGUCAUUAAUUUCUUCAUGCCUUACUCUAAGCCUUUUCUCUCAGUUCUGACUCUCAUACUGAUCUUUGCUUGUUUUUUUUUUUAAAAACAAAAGGUUUUAAAUGUAGAAAUGAAUUUCUUGCCAGAAUGUGUAAACAUACUGAUGAGUGUAAAAUUGCAUGCUGUCUGAAAACAGUUUGAUUUUACAUUUAGCUGCUGUCUCUUCUAGAUUUCAAAUGAAUAUCCAGUGUAAAGCGUCAGCUUUACGGCUUACCUGUGCAGACAAGGCACGUGUGGAUGAGCUGACGAUAGACCGUUGUCACAUCAUAGAGAAUUGUGUCCAUAAAUUGUCACUGAAUAAAUUAUUUCAUUCAGUCUAAACAUU